GUACUUUUCAUCGCCCCUUAAUUCUAUGGGAAUACUGGUAUCCCUUUAUACAUAUUGAUUUGGUUUGGCCACGCUGCCUGCGUUGCCACCCAAGUUCACAUACAAGUAUCAUACAUUUCUCAAACAUACCCUACCCUACCGCAGCUCCGGUUGCCUCCUCGCCCAAUCUCCCGCCCUUGUUUGCGACCGAGCAAGUCAACCAUCCCUCUCAUCAUCAGCACCACCCUUCCCAUCCAUCCAUCUCCAUCAACCCUAUCCCCCAUCCAAACUACACCUAACAACUACAACUGCAACUACAAUCUCCCCGUUCACGAGUCUGCUUUUUUCACGUCGCUCGCCCUUAACGAAUCCUUUUCACUCUAACCAAGCUCACCUCUCGCAAAACUCAUAAUGUCUGACCAGCCGUACGAUCCUUACAUUCCCAGCGGUGGUGCUGGCGGUAGUCAAGGACAGCCUGGAGGUCCUGGAAACCAGAGGACUGCAGCUAUUCAAGCGCAAAUCGACGAUACCGUCGGAAUCAUGCGGGAGAACAUCAAUAAGGUCGCCGACCGUGGCGCCAGAUUGGACAGUCUCCAAGAUAAGACUGACAAUCUUGCUGUGUCUGCGUUGGGUUUCCGCCGCGGGGCUAACAGGGUCCGAAAGCAAAUGUGGUGGAAGGACAUGAAGAUGCGCAUGUGCAUAGUUGUUGGUAUCAUCAUUCUUUUGGUUAUUGUCAUCGUCCCAGUCGUUAUCAGUCAAACUAAAUAAUCGAGUUGUAUGGGAGAGGUUGUUUGGUUUUUUCUGGCGCGGGAGCGGUUUUCAUAGACAGGAGAAGAGGGCAGCUCGGCUUUACGGUGGUCAAGGGGUCCUGGUUUGGGGCGGUGGGAAUCAUGUCUGACGACAAUCCGACAAUGAAUGGGCAUGAGAAUCACGACGAGAAACUUUCACAUGAAAACAAAACAAAAGUAAGCAAGCAGAAAAUAUUCCAAUUCUCAAUAUGACUUUUUGGGUUUUGGAAUUGGGUCAAUGGGAUGCUUGGCUGUCUUUAGGUUGUGGGGACCGGCGAAAUUCUUGUUUUCUUUCCUCCUUUUCUUUGCUUUUCUUUUCUCUUUACUGUGUAUCUGCUGGAAUUCCCUUUGUGCUGUUAGUUUUGAUGGAAACGUUUUUUCACUG